AAAACAAAAUCAGUUGGUUCAUCAACUCAAAAUCUACCUUCACCUCUUUAGUCUCACAUUACUCCUCCACCUUUCUUACUAAUUUGUCCUAUUUUUUCACCUCCAAAAACCCUUUAAAAACCCACCAAAUUAACAAAUCUUUUUCAAUCAACAAAUUAAACAUUUUGAAUAGGGGACAUGAAGUUCUGCGCAAUAUUCGUGUUGUUCAUCGUUCUUGGAAUCAACGGCUACGAUUGCAAGAUAGUCCAGUUUAUAUUCGGAGAUUCAUUGUCUGAUGUAGGCAACAAUAAGAAUCUACCAAGAAGUUUAGCGACAGCGAAUCUGCCCUAUUACGGGAUUGAUUUUGGCAAUGGUUUGCCUAAUGGAAGGUUCACCAAUGGCCGCACUGUUUCAGACAUUAUAGGUGAUAAAAUUGGGUUGCCAAGACCAGUAGCCUUCUUGGAUCCAUCAAUGAAUGAAGAUGUAAUACUUGAAAAUGGAGUGAACUAUGCUUCAGGAGGUGGUGGAAUCUUGAAUGAAACUGGUGGUUAUUUCAUCCAAAGACUUUCCCUGUGGAAGCAAAUAGAAUUAUUCCAAGGGACUCAAGAUAUAGUUGUGGCAAAGAUAGGAAAAAAAGAGGCAGACAAGUUCUUCCAAGAUGCUCGAUACGUCGUCGCUCUAGGCAGCAAUGACUUCAUUAACAACUAUUUGAUGCCUGUCUAUAGCGACUCUUGGAAGUACAAUGAUGUAACCUUCGUAGACUACUUAAUGGAAACACUUGAAUCUCAACUCAAGGUCUUGCAUAGUUUAGGAGCGAGGAAGUUAAUGGUGUUUGGGCUAGGACCAAUGGGUUGUAUCCCACUCCAAAGAGCUCUAAGCCUCGAUGGCAACUGUCAAAACAAAGCGAGUAACCUUGCUAAGAGAUUCAACAAAGCUGCCUCCACAAUGCUCCUAGAUCUCGAGUCCAAGCUUCCUAACUCAAGCUACAAGUUUGGUGAAGCUUAUGACCUCGUCAACGACGUCAUCACUAACCCUCAAAAAUACGGGUUUGAUAACUCGGAUUCGCCGUGUUGCUCGUUCUACAAAAUCAGGCCGGCGCUGACAUGUAUCCCGGCGUCAACAUUGUGUAAAGACAGAAGUAAGUAUGUGUUUUGGGACGAGUAUCAUCCCACCGAUAAGGCCAACGAGCUCGUUGCUAAUAUACUCAUCAAAAGGUUUGACUUCAUGCGUGCCGAUGACGGUACCUCCCAGGCUCCUUCUCCAGCGCCAGAUAUUGCUCCUUCUUCCGACACUAACUGAUCCAAUUGAUGUCCAAGUUAUAUGUAUAUUGUUUGAUCAUGUUGUGGAGAGCUUCGUUUUCCUAUAUUCCAUUUUAAUCAUGUGAAACAAUAAUGUUUUAUUAUAUGUAUAUUGUUAUUCAUUCUGUUGUAUCCGUUAAUUUCCAGAAUUUGUCUUAUAAUAGUAAAGAUAUUAUCAUGUUUGAGGA